UCCUUGUGGGUCUCUCUCUGUAUUUGGGUCUCUGUUUGUCUCUAUGUGGGUCUCCGUCUCUACCAGUCUCCGUCACUCAGCAGGUCUGUAUUUCUCCGUUGACUUCCCUUUGUGAGUUUCUGUCCCUCUAUGCGAGUCUCUCUCAUUAUGGGUCUCUGUGUUUUUCCACUGGCCUCUAUUUUCAUGCCGGCCUCUGACUCCGUUGACCUCUCUCAGUGGAUCUCUGUCUUUCUGUCUGUCCCUGGUUUCAGAGGGUCUGUCUUCUGUCUCUCUGAUCUCUGCCUCCCCCAUCACAUCCCUGUAGCCUCAGAAGCUACCCUCCCUCCCUCCCUCGUGCUUCCCCCUUCUCUGCAGAUCGCCCAGAAGAAUACACCAGACAGAAGCUCUAUGCUCUGCCUGGCUGGCCACUGCCUCGCCGGGACUAAGUACUCCCAGCGUAACAGUUCAUUUCCGGUGCAGCUGUACUUGAAUGUGGCCUGCCCCACGUGUUAGGUGUGAGGUUGACCCAGACCUUAGCUAGUGAUUACCACUAGAGCAGAAUGGGGAUGGGGGGUGGGGGAGAGCUAGUUGGCCGUUUAGAUUGGAAAGGACUCCCACACUUCAGUCUUGAGAUGUAUCCCCAAAACUCUUCUUACCCAGAACACUUGAUAGUGGAUCUACACCUAGUGAAUGAAACCUCUUUCCCUUUUCUCUGUUAAGUUUGCCAGGUGCCAAAAGACUUUGGAAUAUAGUGGGCACAACUCUUUAUCGUUGGGAAUUUUUCAGACUUGGUGCUGAAGUAAGAAGACAGAAAUAUAGUAGAAAGCCUGGACUGUGGAUUUAGGCCUGGACAGGAAUCCUCUUUAAUAGCCAUGUGACCAGAAGCAUACUUAAUUCUUUCUCCUCAGCUUUUCCAUCUCUGAAACAGGGAUCAUAUCUACUCUGCAGGUCUGUAUGAGGAUUAAAGGAGAUCACAUAUAUAAAACUGUUGACACUGUGCUUGGCAUAAAGAAGGUGCCAGUUUUCUUCCAGUUACUUUUGCAGUUUGGAGGUGCUGUAACCAGAGCAGCUGAGUAUUCAAACCUGUAUCACUAAGCUUUGUGUGAGGGAAGAAGGGGAAGGUUAUGGAGGAGAAUUUCCAUUUCCUAAUUCCUUUCCAUAAACUUUUGGAACACAACCAUGAUCCCACAAAACUUGUAUCAUUUCAUGCUUUUGACACAGGGGUACAGAGAUCCAUGCAACAGAUGCAGAUAAGGUAGCAAUUAAAGAGUGCUGGCUCUGGAAACAGCCUGUCUGGGUUUGAAUCUUACUAGCCUUGGACACAGAUUGAUGAAUGAGAGAAAACCUCAUCUGGUCUGCCUCCCCAUCCCAGAAACAACGAUGGCCUGGGCCUGGUAGCAGCUGAGACUGCAGAUCUGGAGUUUGCCAGCAGGUGGCACCAGAAGCAACUUCUCAGUGUCCACUGUCCUGAGGAACUGGGAUUUCAGCUCUGAAUUCAGUUGUUCAGUGACUGGGCCCUUGCAGCACAGGAAGAGAGUGCCCAUGGGGACGUGAUCCUGGUAGGAAGGGAAAGCUGGACCGAGGGAACAGCACGUGAAAGUGCAUGGAGUGCCCAAUCCAUGCCAUACCCCUGGAUAAUUGUCACUGCUUCUUCCCCUGAAGCAAGCCCUCUGCUGUAUGAUUUGUGCUAGAGCCACAGCUGUGAAUCUGAUGACCUGUGAAGAAGACAAGCACGGACACAGGUCCAGGCUGAUCCCCAGCGGCCUCCCCCGGAAAUGCUCCGUCUUCCACCUCUUUGUUGCCUGUCUCUUACUGGGCUUCCUCUCCCUGCUCUGGCUGCAGCUCAGCUGCUCUGGGGACGUGGCCCGGGCAGCCAGGGGACAAGGACAGGAGACCCCGGGCCCAUCCCGGGCCUGCCCACCAGAGCCACCCCCUGAGCACUGGGAAGAAGAUGAAUCAUGGGGCCCCCACCGCCUGGCAGUGCUGGUGCCCUUUCGAGAACGCUUCGAGGAGCUCCUGGUCUUUGUGCCCCACAUGCACCGCUUCCUGAGCAGGAAGAAGAUCCAGCACCACAUCUAUGUGCUCAACCAGGUGGAUCAUUUCAGCCUCGGUGCCCUGCACAGGUUCAACCGGGCAGCACUCAUCAACGCGGGCUUUCUGGAGAGCAGCAACAGCACAGACUACAUCGCCAUGCACGACGUGGACCUGCUCCCUCUCAAUGAGGAGCUGGACUAUGGCUUCCCAGAGACCGGGCCCUUCCACGUGGCCUCCCCGGAGCUCCACCCACUCUACCACUACAAGACCUACGUCGGUGGCAUCCUGCUGCUUUCCAAGCAGCACUACCAGCUGUGCAACGGGAUGUCCAACCGCUUCUGGGGCUGGGGCCGUGAGGACGACGAGUUCUACCGGCGCAUCAAAGGAGCCGGGCUCCAGCUUUUCCGCCCCUCGGGAAUCACAACUGGGUAUAAGACAUUUCGCCACCUGCAUGACCCAGCCUGGAGGAAGAGGGACCAGAAGCGCAUCGCGGCUCAAAAACAGGAGCAGUUCAGGGUGGACCGGGAGGGAGGCCUGAGCACCGUGAAGUACCGCGUGGAUUCCCGUGCAGCCCUGUCUGUGGGCGGGGCCCCCUGCACUGUUCUCAACAUCAUGUUGGACUGUGACAAGGCUGCCACCCCCUGGUGCACAUUCAGCUGAGCUGGCUGGACAGCAAGGAAGCCUGUGCCUACAGGCCAUACUGCUACUCAAGCCCAGGACAAAGCCUCAGGCCCUGGGCCCAGCUCCAACAGGACGUGGAGUGGCCUGAAGCAGUGGACAGCAAGCCACGUGUUUGCAGCAGCCCGGCCCCCAGAGGCAAGCUUGAGCCAGGAGAGGACACACGCAGGGUACCUGGGACGCUGCCAGCAGUAAACAGUGAUGGAGAGAGGCUGGGACAUGGUUUCCAACUGAGACUCUCCACUCUGCCUUCCUGUUUGCCCUGCCCUACCCUCCUUUGUGUUGCUUCUCCUGGACUGCCAGGCCACUGAUGUGGGUGGCAAGGGCCAUCAGGAGGGUUAAAACUGCAGAGACCAAUGUGCAAGCCCCACAGAAAGGGAGCAGCUGAGACCAGCUCUAGCUGGUUGUCACCCUGAAGGAGUGUGGGCCUGGUGUUGCCAGAUCUUCUGAUUUUUCAAAAGAAAGUAGAAUUCUGGAUUCUU